AUGACAGCAGAACCAUCUCAUAUUCAAAGGAUUCAAGGUAGAGUUCAACAUUAUGAAUGGGGAAGAGAUAAACCAUGUUUAGUGUCAUCAUUAAGUGAAUUAGAAAAUGGACCAUAUGCAGAAAUAUGGUAUGGAAGUCAUAGUAGAUUACCAUCAUUUUUAUUUGGAACAAAUGAACCAAUUGAUAUUAAACUACCAUUUCUUUUAAAAUUUCUUUCAAUUAAGAAUCCUUUAUCACUCCAAAUUCAUCCAGAUGCUUCUACAGCAGAAAUUUUAUUUAAAAAAGAUCCUAUUCAUUAUGUUGAUGCUAAUGCUAAACCAGAAAUAUGUAUUCCUUUAAGUCAAUUUCAUUGUUUCUUAGGAUUUGUUGAUGAAGAACUCUUACGCUUUCAAAUGAAAAAUAAUCCACCAUUAGUAGAAGUAUUAAAUUAUAAAGAAGGAGAAGAAGCACGUACUUUAUUAGUAAGAGCACAUUUAUUAGAAAAAAAUAAAGUGAUUAAUUAUAUAAAUGAAAUGAGUAAAUAUAUUACUUCAUUAAUUCAAAAUGGAAAAACAUUAUCAAAACAUCAAAUUUUAUUUAAUAAAUUAGUCAAUAAAUUCAAAAAUGAUGUUGGACUUAUUGUUUGUUUUCUUCUUAGAUAUGAAAUAUUUGAACCUUAUCAUGCAUUUUUUAUUCCUCCUAAUUAUCCUCAUGGAUAUAUUGAAGGAGAAUGUGUUGAAGCAAUGGUUUCAAGUGAUAAUGUUAUUCGAUUUGGACUUACUCAUAAAUUUUGUGAUCUUGAAGCUUUACAAUUCAUUCCACAUGAAACUUGUAAUAGAAUUAGUGAAGUAGAUAAAGAAAUAUUAACAAUACGUUCAGAUGAUUAUCAAGCUGCUCAAUCAAUUAGAUAUAUAAAUCCAAAACAAUAUUUAAAUAGUUUUAUAGUUACUGUUUAUCAUAUUAAUAAAGGUUUUACUAUUGAUGUAUCAAUUUUAAGUACUUCUUUAUUUGUAUUAUAUAAAGGAAAAGCUAGAAUUGAAAAUUCUAUUUACCAAAUUGGUGCUGCUUUCUUAAUUAAAGACAGAAAUAUUUUAACAGUUAAUGCUCUUGAUGAUGUUUCACUUGUGUUACUCUCAUAA